AGGCGUUCGACUGAAGGACAGCGGCCGCUAUUUGGACUGCGCUCGUAUUGGCAGUUGUGGUCCCGUAUUCUUCCACUACGCCACUGGGGUUGAUUUGGAAUUCACCUUGCGAGCGGCAGACGUGGUGGAGAAGCAGGACUUCGAGACCAAACAGCCCAUUACGCAUGCCUUGCACUUUCCCAUGGAUGCAACGACGGUGGGCACGGAGAUCGAGAAGUUGGUGGAGCGCCUGGGGAUUCUGCCCGCCUUGGAUCUGACGCGCCUGCGGCUGGUGGUCUACGAAAUGGUGCUGCACCGCCAGUGGAUUUCGCCCAACAUCCGGCUCUUUGCCGGUGGCAUGUACGACUUCAUGCAGGACCAGGGCGGCAUCGGCGCGUGUUUCAAGGUGCCCAUCGAGCUGCGUCAGAAGCUCUUCGAGGGCAUCCCAGCGCCCAGGAGGAAGAUGGACGUGCACUACUACAGCCACUGCGCCCUGGACGCCACGAUCCUGGCUUUGAAACAUCUGCUGUGCCUGGAGGACGUACAUCAGCCCUUGGAAGAGCUGCGGAAGGGGAUGGAAGAGCUGGAGAAAGGCGCCCGCGAGGACCGCGCCGCCGAUCUGCGGCACGCGCUGCGCACGGCCCCGCUGUCCACGCAGCCGGAGGAAGGCAUGCUGCAGCGGGUGCGGCAGCUGGCGCGGUCGUCCGUUGACGCCUCGGACGAGCCAAGUGGAGAAGAGCGCAACUCGCGCUACUCGCAGUUCGCUUUUUCGGACGAGGGAUUUCACGACGAUGCGGUCGUGGGGAGGCGUCGACUUUCCAGUUACCACAUGGAUGAGACGGAUGAAACCAUGGAAACCACGGAACUCGAAGCUUCCCGGCGCAACUCGCUCGUGACCUUCAAGGUUGGGGAACAACACCACGGCGCGGCGGGACAUCGACGGCGGCAACGACUUUCGAGCCACGGCUUCGCUGAAGCGACAGAACGUAUCUCUCACAGAUCGACCUCUGAGCCCCAAGAGGGUCAAGAAAUCCUUGAAAUCUGAGGAAAAAAACUGUGACUUGCAGGUGCCUGCUGGAACUGAAU